AUGGUUGUCAUUGACAAGAUUCCCAUUACCCUCGCCUUGCUGGCAUCAAUUGCUGCAGCCGUUCCUACUACUGCUAAGCCAGCCAGCAAGUUCUCAAUCAACCAAGUCUCUCGCCCCGCGACGAAGACCACCAACUUCGCUGCGAACUAUGGGAAAGCUCUGUCCAGAUAUGGAGCUUCUGUUCCUUCGCAUGUUGAGGCUGCUGCUGCUGCCAGUGGUAGCGCCGUUACUACCCCAGAGGCCGGCGAUGUCGAGUAUCUGACUCCUGUCUCUAUCGGCGGUACUACCUUGAACCUGGACUUUGAUACUGGUUCUGCUGAUCUCUGGGUCUUCUCUACUGAGCUUUCCAGCUCUUUGCAAAAGGGCCACUCUGUCUAUAACCCCAAGAAUAGUGGGACUAAGCUGUCUGGUGCUUCCUGGUCCAUUUCCUACGGCGAUGGAAGCAGCGCAAGCGGUGAUGUCUACACCGACACCGUUACUGUCGGCGGAGUCACUGCCUCGAAACAAGCUGUUGAAGCUGCCAGCCGGAUCAGCUCCCAGUUCCAGCAGGACACGGACAAUGAUGGACUUCUGGGUCUCGCUUUCAGCAGUAUCAACACUGUGUCGCCGAACCCCCAGAAGACCUUCUUUGACAGUGUCAAGAGCUCCCUCGCAAAGCCUUUGUUCGCUGUUUCUUUGAAGCACGCAGCCCCUGGCGUCUAUGACUUUGGAUUCAUCGACUCCUCCAAGUACACGGGCUCCAUCGCUUAUACCAGCGUUGACAACUCUCAGGGAUUCUGGAGCUUCGAUGUUGAUGGAUACAAGGUCGGAAGCAAGUCUGGCUCUGGCUUUUCUGGAAUUGCCGACACCGGAACCACCCUGUUGCUUCUUGACGACUCCGUCGUUUCUGCUUAUUACGCGCAAGUUAGCGGUGCUAAAAAUGACCAAAGUGUCGGUGGAUAUGUCUUCCCUUGCUCCACCACCCUUCCUAGCUUCAGCGUUACCAUUGGCUCCUACACUGCCACCGUCCCUGGCACCCUGAUCAACUACGGUGACUCUGGCGCUGGAUCCUGUAUUGGAGGUAUCCAGUCGAACUCUGGAAUUGGCUUCUCUAUCUUUGGUGAUAUCUUCCUGAAGAGUCAGUAUGUUGUCUUUGAUGCCAGUGGACCCCAGCUGGGCUUUGCUCCCCAGUCAUAG